UCGCCAUUUUUGUCUGUGCUUAAACAAUCCACAUGUUCGAUCUGUAAUAGCUCUUGGAUUAUAAAUACCAAUAGUUAUUGACUUUCCAGGCCAGUGAUUACUACACGAACGAGAGGUGGAUGGAAGAGUGUCACAGUUUUAACAAAACAGUGUAGUAAUGGCUGAAGCUGGACCCAAGAAAACCGUCGAGGUAGACAAAGACCAUCUAUCCUGCUGUAUAUGCUUAAAUCUGUUGUCAGUGCCAAAGCUUUUGCACUGCUGUCACACGUUCUGCAGGAAGUGUCUUCAGAAGUACAUAGAAGAGCAGGAUCAUGCCUCACACAAGAAAGGGUUUGACUGUCCAGUGUGUAGGCAGUUCACCGCAAUACCAAACCCAGUGGUGGGAUGGGCAGACCAAAUUGUGACAGACUUCCGAAUUCAAGCCAUGAUUGAUGAUUCGCCGGAAUCGGGUGGAAAGCAAGAUGUGGCUAAAGUUUCAAUAAAUGAUCGGGAGUUCAUUCUGGUGAAUGUGAUUAAUGGUAAAACUAGUCAAGAUAAGACAGAUCCAAGAGUCACUGACAUUGUUGCCCUUAGGCAAGACGACAAAGAUGUGAUCGUCAUCACUGACGGAAACAACUGCUGCGUGAAGGCAUUUUGGUUCGAUACUUAUAAAGACCGAGAGAUGAACUGUAAAUUAGUUAUUAAUGAAACGAUGAAAAAUUCUUUAGGAAGAAUAAGGAAAAUAAAUGAAACCCAGAUACUUCUCUCAGCUUUUAGCUGUAAAACGCUGUACAUAAUAAAUGUGAAUAAUGGCUUAAGUAUUCACACCACUAUAGACACAGGAAAACAUAAUAGGGGCAAUGGGGUUAUUGGCGUAAGAACCCACUCUGCACCCGAAAUCCGACUGGCGUUUGGCUACAAUAAAGGAUUAUCAAUUAUGGACAUGGAUGGUAGUGUGGUCAGAAACAUGGAUAUUUCUAAUGAUGGUCAAAACUAUACAAACGAUCCAUGGUAUCUAGCAAUAACACCCACUUGUAAUAUCCUUGUGUCGGAGCGAAAUGACUGUCUGCUUUGUGUAACCCAGAAGAGAGAGGUGUUGUGGAAAUACCCGACGAAAGAUCCAGCUGGCAUGGACUGUGAUGCACACGGCAAUAUAUACCUAGCGAUCUGCAGUGAAAACAAGGUGGUUCUCGUGUCUCCUGACGGAGAGUUCAUCAAAGAUGUAUUAUCAGCUGAUGAUAACACUGAAAAGCCGCGUGGUAUAUGCUACGACUCUGUGAAAAAACGACUCUACGUUGCAGAACUCGACGGCUUAAUCAAAACCUUUGAGCACAAGUGAUGAGCUUUAAAACAAACCACACUAUUCUACUGUACACUAUUCUUCUGUUAGUAAUAUAAUAUAGCAAUUAAUGUAGCCUGCACUAAGGUGUUUGAACGAUGGUUUGCAAACUGAAAUAACACUUGCUUGAGCUUGAACUUUUUUAACAUGCCCAUAUACCACUAAGGUUUCAGGCAUGUCCAUCCCGGGUCCUGUCUCUGGAUAGCCAGGGAUUUGACUCGAGACAGAAAGUUAAGAGGAGAAUUUGGAAUAUUAUUUCAAAAAAUAGGAAUGGGGACAUUAUUAAUUUAUGUGCGCAUGCCUAAUAGUAUAAUUAUCCUAAAGUUGUACUCACUGAGAAGUUUUGGUGCAAUUUUUAUAACAGGCUGCCUAAAAAUUAAAUUACUUUAUUUAUUUAUUUAUUUAUUUAUUUUUACCAUUAUUUAUUUCUACUUAUUUGCCCUUAGGAGGUGGGAGAAGGAGGCAAGUACUGGAGGUUGGUCCCCAGCCCCACAGGAAGUUCUGUUAGUAGGUCAUGUAGGUGGGAUAGGGAGGAGCAUCAGUCUAUGGGAAAGUCAGUGUGACCAGCCAGGGGGGAACCAGAGGAGAGGGGCGGGCGGGCCUUCGGACAAACCUAACUCACCAUACGGCCAAAACGGCCUAUGCUUAUUGCACCGUAACCCUAUUUUCUAUUGAGACAUAUGAUUGGUAGUUGGCUAUGAAAGAGGAUUAUCGAUUGUUGACAUGGGCGACGUGGUUAUCAUAAAGCUAUGGAUAUAGGUAUUUCUGAAAAACGCGCACUCACACACACGGUCUCUAGCAGUAACACCUGAUUGCAAUACACAUGUACCUGUUUCAGACUUGUCUGCUUUGUAUCACCAGGAAAGGAAUUUUAAAGAAACUAACAAUCGAUUCAGUUGGUGGACGGUGAUGCACAAGGAAACAUAUUCUUUGUAACAGGAAAGAAACCAAGGUGGUUUUCUUGUAUCCUGCUGGACAGUUCCUCAAAGAACCGCUGUCAAAUACUGGCAACACAGAAGGACCAAAUGGAGUUUCCUAUAACAACGAUGAUACAUUAUAAAGCUCGGCGGUUUGAUAGACAUAUUUGUACUUUAGUAAUAAAUUAACAAUGAAUAUAUUUUAUGACGAUGAAGUAUUACAAAACUGUUAUUAGAUAGUCCUAAGCAAUGGAUACACACUUCACUGAAAACAUUUACUUAUUCUACAUAUAUAUUGAUUUCGUGAUUUGAAUUUCAUAUAACAAUAUAGUCUGGAACCAAAGUUGUGACGAAAAACAUACCACAGUGUACUCGUUAGUUAUUUUGUCCUUUUUAUAAUUAUAUUUUGUACAUGCCAUUGAUUUGCUACACUACAUAAAUAAAAUCAAAGUAUAUAAUAUGUCAUUAAUUACUGAAUAAAUAAUUUUUUAACACCAGUGUGAAGUGAUCAAUAUAUAAAACUGAUUCUAUACUUUCUGUUGCUUAGGUCUCACUACUCAGAUCACUUCCGGGUGAGAGUUGAUUGAUCACGGUCCACUAUAGUUCCUAAUUGUGACACAAGUUAUGGUUCACGUAUUCACUUCUAGGAAGUGGUGAAGAAUU